UAGUUUAUUUGUCCCCAUUCACUCCACAUGCCUUUGUUCUCCUGCUUUCCUCAAUAAAUACACCUCUUUUUUGCUAAUUCUUUCCCAAACACACAAACAAUUCCCUUCUUAUCAGGUGCUCUCUUUUAUACUCUUUUUUCUUCCUUCAUUUCUCUAAAAACAUAAACCAAAAAAUGGCUCUAAAGAAAGUAACUCAAACAGCAGCCUUAAAACAAAUCCUCAAAAAGUGUUCUAGUUUUGGGAAAAAUGAGAAUGGCCUGCCCCAUGAUGUACCAAAAGGACACUUUGUGGUAUAUGUAGGAGAAAAUAGGAGCAGAUACAUAAUUCCCAUUUCUUGGUUAACGCAUCCUGGAUUUCAAAGCUUGCUUCAAAGGGCUGAAGAAGAGUUUGGAUUUAACCAUGAUAUGGGAAUUACCAUUCCUUGUGAUGAAGAUUAUUUCUGCUCUCUAAUUUCAAACUCAAAUUGAGUUGAUUUGACCAGUUUUGACCGGCAAUUCUCGAUGCACUAAGUUCCUGCUAUGCAGGAAGUUAAAGUAGUGGUGGAUCUGGAAAAUCCAAGUGAAUAGCUAAAAUUAACUGUGAAUAGAAAAGGAAUCCCUUGCAACUCUUUUAGGGGUUGAGUUUUAAAUUUUGUAUAUUGGUUUCAGUUCAUGUACUCUGAUAUUUUCGUCAGUGGUGUUGAAAUUGUACCCGUCGAAAAUUCUUGACUUGUUUAUGAGAAUCAAAUUCCAAAAAUAUUUCUUCA